GAACUGUCUGCCAUCUUGAAGUGCGUGUGUUCACAUAAGAAAAUUUCGCACAAAUAAUAAUUUGAAUAAUAAUUUGAAACUCAUUUACAGCGUAGAACUCCUGUCGCACUAAAAUUUUGUGUAAUUUUAGAGCCAUAGGAAGAUUCGCUCUAAUGGAAACCCACCUUUAUGAGAGACAAUUUUGGUUGUAUUUAAAAUACUUUUUUCUUUACUUUUCCAUGUAACUAAUAUCAAGUUUUGAUUUUUUACCGGGCAGUACCUUUAUAACGCGUAAAAACCUUUUUGAAAAAUUUUGCGCAACUUCGGUUUAAAUAAGUCUAUUUUUGAAUUUAUUUUGCUUUAUGAUCAUUUUUUAUCAUUUACCAGUCAGCUAUUUCAGGUUAACUGUCUAUAAGUUUUUUUAUCACAAAUAUUUAUAUGUGGUUUACUUGCGAAGGUUUAUUUUAAUCACAUGCGUCAUCUGUAAAGAGUACUCACCAGACCACAGACAUUUGUGUCAACAUUCUUUGAUCUCUUUAAUAAAAGCCGUAUUCUAUUUGUCUGCUUGCGCGCGAGAAAAAAAGUCGUGUUGCGGAAACACGAAUUGCGAACAGUAUAAUAAUUAUUAAAUAGUAUUAUUGUAGUUUUAUUUAUUUUUCGAAUUUUUAUUAGACACCUUUUGAAUUUUCAUCAAAUUUUGUGUUGAACGUGAUAAAAAAAGGAAGAGUGAUCAGAGAUGUCUGCUUUUUGUCGCAAACAGCGCUGGUUAAUUAAUCAAGUUUUGAAUGUAGGUAAUCCCCAGUUACCUAGGGUGGAGCAGCUGAUGCCAGUUGCCUCUAAAAGAUUUCCCUUUUUUAGCCUCACACUCAAAAGUGCAAUGCAAUGGCUUCGCUAAUUUCAUAACGGAUUGACGGCAGUCUAAAAGGCUUUAACGUCGCGACGUAACGUCGAUAAAGUUAACAAAUUAGACAUAACGGUUUUAGCGGCUUUAAAAGAAAAUGAAAACAACCUAUUCUUCUUAUACACUGUCACCAUUUUAUGAUAAAGGAUUAAAUAAGUAAAUUAGUUCUCUCGAAGUGUGCUUAUUACUACAAACUAGUCCUUAUCCCGUGAAAAAAUUCACAAGAAUUCAUCUGCCAGGAAUAUCCACGAAAAUAUUCCCGUCACCAUUUGCAGCUACCAUUUGACACAGUGAGUAUCCUAAUAUAGACUAGUCGUUAACCCAUAAAAAACACACAAGGUGUCCCGUCUUUAAGUUACACGUUACUUUGUGUGCCCGUAACACGAUAUGUUUUUUGCGACAUGCAUGCAGAAUAUGUCUGUUGUUAAUUACAUUUGUUGGCAUUACGUGGAAAAAUCCAAGAACCACCGGCGAUUCAAUAUAACACCAAAUAUAUUAAUCAUGUAUUUAUGAUGCCAUAAUAAUAGAAUUUCAUGACUAACUGUAGCGAAUGCUGUGCUGAGAUCAAUAAGGUUUGAUAUAUCUCUUGACUCAACUGAAUGAUUACAUGAUCAUUUGACUGGCCUGCCAAACAGCCAAAUGUCUUAUUAUACUCGCACUUUGUCGGAAUUUAGGUUUAUGUAUAUUUUUAAAAGUCUUGGGCUGUUUUCCUUACUGAUAACGUUGCGUAAAUAGACUGUGGUAACACAUGGGUGUUAAAGCACAAUCUGGAGUAUUUCCAUUCAGACUGAAGAAGUAAAGAGGGGUAGAGUGGAACAAAAUUCGAAAACGUACUUCAAAUUCCAAUCUUAUCUUUUGUUUUUUCAAACCAAUCAAAAAUCAGUUAUACAAAACUUUAACCCGCCAAAUUAUAUCUUAAAAACAAAUUGGGACACUGUGAAGUCUUAAGUUGUAAAGAAUUCGUUAUAUAGUCUCCCUUUCUCUAAUAUUAUUGUAAGAGAAAGUAAAAAAAUGUGAUCUCACAUCAGUUUUAAAAAGUUGUGAUGAAAAACAAAUAAAACAAUACGGUAAAUUUAAAAAUAGCCAUUUUACAAAUUGUUUAUCGGUAUACUACAACCUAUAUGCUGAAUAAUUAAUUUAGUAGUAUUAAAACUAUGAUUUGUUUCGUAGAAACAACCAACAAACGCACUAAUAAACAUUAUAUGUAGAAACAGAAGAAACGUUCUGUUAAGAGCAUUUUUGAAGAAAGAACGUCAACGCGGGUGUGUUGUUGUUCUUUUAAUUAAUUGAUCUAAUGUUGCUACAGGACACAAAAUAACAAAUGCAAUGUAUCUCUAUCGACUUUGUUGCGAUAGGCGAAUUUCCAUCAACUUCUAGUAAUUUUGUUGAUAAACAGUAUGAAAAACUUGUAUUGAUAUUUCUUGAAUUGAAAUUGAAAUUAUCUUAUAGAUAUUAUAGUCAUGGCAACGGCAGUACCUCCAACAGGAUCUUCUCACCACGCAUUGAUCGCAAACAAUGAAUAUCAAAUUAAAUUGGUCACACUUCUCAAUGAAUGUUGUGACCACUUACGUGAAAUUUUACAUGAUCCUGCCCGUGGCAACAUGCCAAGGGAUAAGAAACAAUUAUAUUUGUCAUUAAAACAAUAUAAGAAACAUUUAAACCAUUUGAAAAGAGAUCAGCUGGAAAUCGUUUUUCCACAAGAUAAGGAAACAGAUUCGGGAUUGUUUGACAUCACUAUUUUAUGUGACGUUCUAAUUAAUUGUUGUCACGGUAUACAACCACCAAUUGGUGGGUGGAGGACCAGAACACCGCAACCAAAUGAUUUCAGUGUCGGUGCUGACAUCAUUCGAAUCAGAAAUGAGCGCAAUAAUGUUAUGCAUGGAAGAGCAAUGAGUUCAGCACAAUAUAAUCAGCUAUGGAAUGCCAUAGAAGGUAUAUUAAGAAGACUCGGAUACGACAUAACGAAAAUUAAAGAUUUAAAAUCUGGUUGCUUGAAUGACUUAGACUUAUUUAAGAUCGAAAUUAUGAAAGCAGAUAAUGAAAUUUUAAAUUUCAAUGUUAACAAUAAUAAAGACAAUAUUCAGCAAAACGAAGAUGGUAUUAAACAAAAUCAAGGUGACAUUAAAGCAAAUAAAGACAAUAUUCUGCAAAACGAAGAUGGUAUUAAACAAAAUCAAUAUGACAUCAAAGCAAAUGAAGACAAUAUUCAGCAAAACAAAGAUGGUAUUACACAAAAUCAAGAUGACAUCAAAGCAAAUAAAGACAAUAUUCAGCAAAACAAAGAUGGUAUUAAAGAGAAUAAAGAGAAUUAUAAUCGAUUAGCAGAAAUAGUAAAGCAAACUAUUUCUUCAUCAUCAUGUGAUCAGAAGAGUUCUCAGUUGGAAGAAACUAUAAAAGAACAACCCAGUUAUAUGCUACUAAAAAAUUUUCAAGGAGAUUUUGUAAUAAAAUUUGAUGAUGACUGCUUCAACUGGUCUGCACAAAGUAUACAAACUAUUAUUACUAAAAAUUUUACAAGACAAUCAAAAGAACUUAAUUUCGGCGACGAUUAUUUUGUAGAAGAAAAAGAAGGAAAACUAUUACUGCUUAUUUACAAUCACAAAUCUAUCAAUGCUGAAUCUAUCAAUGGGUUAUCCAUUACGUUAGUUGACAGUGAAAGUAAAACUCAUUUGAUUUCAAUUGAAGAUAUUGCACUGGUCCGAGCACAUAUGUGUACAACCAGCUAUUUUGAUGUUAGAACCCACAACAGUGGAAGAAUAUCUGAACAGAUAAAAUACAUUGUAGGAGCAGAAAGAGAAGAAACAAAAAUUGAAUUUAUAUGUGGUGGUAGCCUGCAAACAAUGGAACCUAAGGAGUACGAAGCAUUUGAAAGAGAUUACAUCCAGCGUUAUUUCACCGUCAAUGGUAAAUGCAUGGAAGAACCACUACAAAUUCCACCCCCAAUGCCAAAAGUCACACAUUCAUUAUUCGCACAAAAGAUAAAGGAUGUUAUAAUCGAAUUACAACAUCGUUUGUUUACAAUAUUUACUCAUUAUAACACGAAGGAACAUAUUCGAUUUCUAAAACUGGAUAAAGAAUUUUCUUUGAGUUUGGAAAGCACAAUUACUGAUAACAAAAGAAUUCUACUUGUGUUGCCAAAUUAUAUCGUCAACAUUAGAUACACAGAAACAACCGACGCAGUAAGAAUACAAGAUGAAGUCAAAGCGGGCGAAGAAGACUUGAAGGAGCUAUCUAUCAUCACUAAAAAAUAUCUUAAAAAAGGUCACCUGACAAUGGUUAAUGUUGUAGCUGCACCACAUUUCGAAGAUAUCGAAAAUAUCCACCUUUGUGUAGACUGCAACUUACUCUCCAAAGAAACUUUGGCUGAGGAUGGAAAUAUAAUGAAGUUCUUUUUAAAUAUUUUGCAAAGCUCACAAGUACAAAAUAAUGUUAAGGAUAACAAGGAACGGUAUAUCAACAUAGUUGGUAAAGUCAUAUGUUUUAUGGCUACUAGAAAAGCACUCUAUUCUGUUCCUUCACUCAGUAAAAACGUCCACGAACAAAUAAGCUCGUUAAUACUUUCUCCACAGCAACUCCGUCAUUUAUACAACAACACUUUAAAAAAAAUUAUAAUCGGUCCUCUAGGCAGUGGUAAGACAGUGCUAGCUUUAGCACAUUUGGAAAUUGCUUACGAGCGCUCUGAGAAUAGAUCGAUCAUAUACUAUGUUAUUUGGGACGGCAACACAUUGCUGAAACAGGAUAUUGUCAAUCAUACUAAAAGGUUUAAUUACAAAGCCGCUGUCGAAGUUGUUGUAAAGGAUAAUGUCGAGUUAGCUAAGGAUUUGAAAAUGAAUGAAGUGCCAACACCAUACCAGCUAUUAGAGUCAUUGGUUAAGAAACAUGUUGACCAAAACCUGCAUCUAAUAAUUGAUGAAUUAAAUGGAGAGUUAUUUAACAAGGAAGAAUCAUCUUUGCUCAAACACUAUCUGGAGACUGAAGACAAAUUAAAUAAAUCCUUCAUCAUUUUUUUCCCACAAUCCAUUGAGAAACAUAGAACAUUAAUUUCACACCAAAGAGUCACAAUACAUGACAAGUACAAGUAUGAAGAAACAGGAAUGGAAGUAUUAAAACUUAACAGAGCAAUGAGAACAACCCGGAUAAUCUUUCAGUUUUUAAAGGCUUUUGAAAAUGAAGUAGAACAAGACAAGGUAACAAUGAAGCUUCCCGAUCAGGAAUCAAAAGAUGGAAUGUCCACCAAAACAAAUAUCGAAAAAAUACUGAAUUUCCUUUCCAAAAUUUGGAAAAAACAACCACAACAGCGGCAAGAGCCACAACGGCGACAACAACAGCAGCAGCAGCAGCAACCACCACCACCACCACCACCACCACCACCACCACCAGAACAACAACAACAAGGAAAAACUACCAGUAGCAAUGCCACGCCAAUAAUAAAAGGAGAAGAAGAAGUAUUUGAAACACCAGUUGAUAUUGAUGUCGUUGCAGCUUCCAUGCAAGAUGAGGAUCUGUCGGGUAAUGUUAGAAUUGACACUUCAUUAAAAUUUAAUACAGCAUAUUCAAUCGGUCAUAAUAUCGAAGGAACAAAACCGUUAUUGAUACAUCCGGCAAAUACUCCAACAACAGACAAGGAGUUUAUACCAAUGUUAGCACUUGUUUUACAAGAUGUAUGUUUGCAUCGUGCCACUAAACGUUUGUUCAUCUAUAACACAAUACCUCAAAAAGCUAUUUUUCAUAGAUUACUAAGACUAUUAAAGAUUGAUUUUCUUCACUACGACAAGUACACUGACUGGAAAGUUUUAAAUUGUGAUGAUAUCAUAGUUAAAAAUCCCUUGCAGAGGCAAAAUUAUAACCUGCUCACUACUAUUGAGGGAAGUCGUGGAGUUGAAGCAGCCGAAUGCAUCUGUAUAAUUAAAAGCAAUGAUUGCAAGUUAAAACAUUUGACAUUAGAAGCAAUGUCCAGAGCGACACAAAAUCUAGUCCUUGUUUCAACGUCCAACGUUUACCAAUCAGGUACAGUAAAAUCAUCAACUGGUCAUAUCAUCAGUAAACUGUUAACUGAACAUCUGGUUGAAUACGAUCUAGAAGUCUCAAACGAUGAAGAUACGGAAAUACCGUUCACAAAGUCUAUGAAAAGUAACAAUAAAAUAGUUUUUAACAUUAAACCACAAUAUUGGAAAUUCAAAGAAAUGAUAAAAGAUUUGGAACAUGUUGGUUUUCAGGCAACGGAUGAACGCCUAAAUGCGCAUGAGAUCGUUAUGAAAAACCUUUAUCCUCCUGGAAAAGUGAGCAAUAUAAUUUGCUCAUAUUUGUCACGUAAAUCAUGCAUAUUGAGAUGGCAAAGGGACGCUAAUAAAUACACCGUUAGAAGACAAGAAAGUAAAAAUUCAACCUGGAAUAACUUAGCAACUGACAUUUCUUGCAAUCAAUACAUCGUUGAUGACAUGGCAAUUGGUGAAACGUGCAAGUUUUGUGUUGUUGCUAAAAAUCAUCUUGGUGUAUCUGAUGACAGCAUUGUGUCUUAUUGUCACGAACUUCCAAACGUUAAGGGUGUCCAAUUUGAAGAUAUCGUGGAAAUUAUUAAAUCUAACGAUAUCGAGAAACUGAAAAAAUUACUAUCUAUUCAUCCAAACAUCGUUCACAUGAGAGAUGAAGAUGAAUACACACCAUUGUUGUGGACAGUAUGGAACACCGACAAUACAUCAAUGGUGGAAAUACUCAUCUCAUAUGGGAGUGAUGUUUGGGCGGAAGAUAGUGAUAAACACAACAGUUAUCAUUACGCUGCAUAUCGUGAUCGUCACACAAUAUUAGAUAUGUUAUGUCGACAUGAUGUAACAAACAUCAACCGUGUAGAUGUUUUCAACUUCACACCAUUACAUUGGGCUGCGGUGCGUGGUCACAUCUCAUGUCUUGAUGUUUUGUUGCGUCAUGAAAAUAUUGAUGUGACGAUCAAAGAUAAAAAUGGAGAAACAGCUUAUGAUGUUGUUGGAUGGAUGAAUGAACAAAAGCGGGAAAUAAUAAGACGAAAAAUAAAAGAAUACGAAGACAGGACGAAGUAAAUAUUUCAAAUGAUUUUGUUUUGAAAAACAACAAUCAGUUUGUGAGAUGAGGAACGAGUCCAUUUUUUAGUUUUAUUUUAUAUUGUAAUAAAUUUAUUUGUAGUAAAACGUACUGCUAACUUAAAUUCGAUUAUCAAUGAGAAACAA